CGUCAUGUAUUCGUCCAAACAAACCAUCAACAAUUGAAUCAACAGUGUAUGCACCCGAAGGCAGUCAUGUGGAGAAAAAACUUUUCUGAAGUCUUUCUUGAACUUUUUGCGUUAAUCUUUUAAGUGACAAAAACAACUCAAUUAACGCUGGAAUUGGAAGUGUGCUUCAUAGGUGACAAAACAAUUGUCACUGUAAGAUGAAUUUCUCUGAGGUCUUCAAGCAGUCCAAUCAGCUUUGUAAAGUUUCCCCAGAUGGAAAGUAUUUGGCUACAUGUGUGCAGUACAGGUUAGUGGUGCGAGAUGUGAGCACCUUGCAGAUUAUGCACCUGUAUACCUGCCUUGACCAAAUAUCCCAUAUGGAGUGGUCCUCUGAUUCUCUCUUUAUUCUGUGUGCUAUGUACAAGAGAGGACUAGUACAGGUGUGGUCUCUUGAACAGCCGGACUGGCACUGCAAGAUUGAUGAGGGUUCAAUAGGACUAGUCUCCUCACGCUGGAGUCCAGAUGGACGUCACAUUCUCAACACCACCGAGUUCCAUCUGAGAAUCACCGUCUGGUCACUGUGCACUAAAGCUGUAUCUUACAUCAAGUAUCCCAAAGCAUGUCAGAAAGGUAUAGAUUUCAGCAGAGACGGGUCCUAUAUGGCCUUGGCUGAACGUCGUGACUGCAAAGACUUUGUUAGUAUAUUUGUGUGUGACGACUGGCAUUUACUCAGGCAUUUUGAGACUGAGACACAGGACCUGGCAGGAUUGGAGUGGUCUCCAAAUGGCUGUGUGCUGGCAGUAUGGGACAGUUGUCUAGAGUAUAAGGUGUUGCUCUACUCUUUGGAUGGCCGGUUGCUGUCAACCUACAGUGCCUAUGAAUGGUCGCUGGGUGUCAAGUCUGUGUCCUGGAGCCCCAGUAGCCAGUUCCUUGCAAUUGGCAGCUAUGAUGAAAAAGUGCGCAUCAUCAAUCAUAUCACAUGGAAAAAAAUCGCACAGUUUGAGCACCCUGCAACAGUGGAAAGCACAAAAGCUACUGUGUAUAAAGAAGUGGAGAGAAGGCCAGCUGUUGGCACUGACGAAAUGUCUCUGCACAACAUCACUACUGGCAGCACACUCUUCAACACCCAGAGUAAAUAUGAGAUUUGCUCACUGCCAGUCCAAAUUCCUGUGGUCAAACCAGACCCAGACCGAGCCAACCCCAAGAUUGGUGUCUCUGUUUUGGCAUUCAGCUCAGACAAUCACUAUCUAGCCACCAAAAAUGACAAUAUGGCGAGUGCUGUUUGGGUGUGGAACAUGCAGAAGAUGAGCCUGGAGGCUGUGUUGGAGCAGACAUCAGCUGUACGAUGUUUUCAGUGGGACCCACGCCACCCCCGGUUGGCACUAUGUACUGGCAACACCAAGCUCUAUCUCUGGUCUCCAGGAGGCUGUGUUGCUGUUCAGGUCCCUACUGAAGGUGGUUUUCAAGUUCAUUCUCUGAACUGGCAUUGCAGUGACAACUCCUUGAUACUGCUUGGAAAGGAGCAGCUGUGUUUGUGCUACAUGGAAACUGAUGAAGAAGACAAGUAAAGCACACAAAAGAAGAAUAACUGGGUCAUAGUUCAGUCUUAUUUAGCUGUACACACAAGCUGAGUCAAUGACCAGUGAGAACACUCCUGAACAUGUUAGCUUGCAUAUGCUGGACUGUAGCUGCUCUUAAAAGUGUGGGCUACUGGAACAUUGAAAGUGAUUCCUACUGAUAAAUAUGUACUCAGCACUAGUUGCAAACACUGUGAGAAUGUGAAAGUUUCCAAUUUUCUAUAGAUUUCACUUAGUGUUAUAAUUUCCUGUUUCACCUUGAAAUUUUAUAUUUGUUCUAAAUAAACUUUGUCAUAAAUAUAGUUGCUUAUGGGAGUUUUCUAAAAGUGUGUUCAGCCUUUAAUCAAGAUGAUUUGUUUUUGGUGUAUGUCAUGUUACUGAAAUCAGUAGCUGAGUUACAGUUAGGUAUCUUGAUGAAAUGUAGUCGCACAGUUGACAUGAGCAAAGACAUGAGACAGUUUUCUUUAGUUGGUAAUUUUAAAGCAGUUCUUCAUGACACAAGUUGCAUUAUCUUUAACCUGCAAAUACUGCAUCAUUACUUGUAGCAUGUAAAAGGCUUUACCCGCUAUGACCAGACUGAAAUGUCAGUAAGAAAUUCAAACAGCAACAGGCAGUACUAAAUAUAUCAGGACAGUAUUUCUUGUCUUCAAGGCGUCAUCUUGCUGUAAAGCCACUUGAACUGUAACUUCAAUCAUGUAGUUUCAGUCCUCGACAGUACAAACGUAAUUGUAAUGCAGUUCUAUAUCCACCCCAAGCCUCAGCCCUGACAUUAAAAAUGGAGGCAUAUUUAAUUUUCCAUAGUGGCUACUGUGCUACAGAUAUCUAAAACAAAAACAAAACCUUCACGUAUUUGUAGUAAUGGGUUAAUAUCCCUAAAUAAAAUAGUUGAGAACUGUUAAUAGUAUAUCCAUAUUCUUAGAUCAUUUAAGUCAAAUGCAUUGGAAAAAAAUGUAUAUAAACAAAACAAUCAGUAUUUACAGAUUCACUUGGGAUAUUUCUUUAAAAAACAAAAAACACCUGUCAUGCAGACUGAACAUGCAGGGAACAUGCACAAAUAAGACCAGAAAAAAAGGCAUUUUGGGAUGUUUUCUGUUGGUAUUGGCGAUGCAUGGAAGUAUGGUCUGUAACCUUUGGCUGGACAAUAAUAUCCACAACGCACACAUUCUAGGAAGUUAAUGUACUUAUGCAAAGCUUUAUCUGCAUGUGUGCCACUUUGUAACCCAACCCGCCCUCUGCACAGUUUAAUGCAGCUGAGUGCAAAUGUAUGUCUAAAACAAAUGCAAAUUGCAGCACCAUAAAGGCAACUCACAAAACAAACAAAGAUUUACAUGUUCACAUUGCACAUAUUAUUUCUGACAUAAAAAGAACAUUUUUGUUAUUGUAGCUAAUACAGCUCUGCAAACGGUAGCUCCCUGCUCUAAGCAAAGACAUCAUGUAGGUAAAUAUAAGCACUGAAAAUAAAACACGGGUUAAAUACAAGAGAGAGGGUUUUGAUAUGUAAUUCAUCAUUACUACUGAACAAGCCCAUGCAUUCUGCAAAUCAGUACCAAAGCUGAGCCCAGUGCACAGCCUUGCAGAUGCUAUGCUCUCCUAUCUAGUUUCCUUCCAUAUCUCUACAUAAAUUUGAGUAAUUAUGUGACACGACGAGCCAACUCAGUUCAUCAGCUGCUUUUCCAUUCCAAGAAGCUACUCUAUGGCUCUGUGGUCCGAAUAAUGCAAACACAAACCAUAUCAUGUAGCAAA